AUGGUCCAGCACUGGCAAGUCAUUGCACCCGCGCGCAAAGAAACAACUGGCGUCCUAGGCGAGUGGAUGGACGCCCUAGCCUCAAACAGCGCUGGAGGACUCGUUCCACUCCUAGCAGUUCCACUUAAUGCCCACCGUGAGCAAAUUGACGGAUUCGUGCCGGGCGAAAAUGCCGAAGAUAAUGAAGACGGUGAUUUCAUCUGCUCAAAGCAAACACGACGGGACGGUCUCUCCCAGAACCACUCCGGCAAAGCCGCAAGAAUCGAGCGUCACAAUGCAACAGAAAUCAGCAUGACGAGCCCGAAAUCACUUCUUAAUUUUCCCUCUACGAUUCAUCACCAGAUAUUCUCAUACCUUGAUUUUGUGGAAGAUGUGCUGAGAUUCAGCUUGACGAAUCGAUACUUCUGGGCGGUCGGACUCUCGCAUAUCGAAGACCACAUUAUCAAUUCUCUCGCGCCAUGGGCCGGCGAGAAGAUCAUGUGCGUCAGCGAUAAAAGCGACCCGCACGAUUUUCCACCCGGUCUUCUCAACGCGACUCAGGCCGAAGAGGUCAGGGAACUAAACAAAGUGUACGAUCUGAACUCAUUCUCCAUCCGAAACACCUACAAAAAGAUCGGCGGGCCACCACUAUCGCAAAGACUCCAAAGAUGGUUCCUCGACUACGAAGCAAGUCACUACAUGGGCUCCGCAAAUCGAGCAGAAAUUAUGAUGGGUCUCAAGCCCGAGAUUCUAGAGUUCUAUCCGCGGGAUCAGCGGUGGAUACUGCGUAAUUUGACGACUCGAGAAUACGUCCGGGGAGAAGUAAUCGCACUCAAAGAGGAAUUCAUCCACGGUCCUCAGAUUGAAGUCUUUGGUUUUGCGGAGGUGUUGAUCUCGCGGAUCUCUUGGUCGUCGGAACCUGAGAAGAUUGGUGGCGGUGAUCAUAUUACGCGGGGGAAAUGGGCGGGUCAUCGAUUUGAUAUUACGCCGCUGGCUUGGCUUCAGGAGAAACACGGCAUGGAAGGUUGGAGGGAUGUUAGUAAUGAGAUAUUGCGAGAGAUUGAUUUAACUCUCGGGGGUCAGCUGGGUGAUGAUUGGCGGGAUCAGAUGGCGAGGAAUUAUGGGGAAGCAUGCGAAGCAGGCCCUUGUUGA